AUCCAUUGAUGAUAGCUAUAUCACAUUUUCUACAAGUACUCAGUUGCUUUGUUAAAAAAAUUUAAAAGAAGCAAUACAUAUUAAUACGGUGCAAAGGUAACAUUUUCCAUAUCGGUCCUUAACAUAGCUGAGCUGUUUAUAUCUUGUUUACCAAAGAUGCUUCUAGAUGUAAAGAAAAUACUUUGUGUAUAGUUUAAUCUGUGAUUUUCUAAUAGCGAUUGUGGACUGUGAUUGUCUCAACAGCGCGAGUGAAUUUCGACUUAAACACUGAAGUGAAGACAGAUGGAUCGGAAUGUGACAUUCCGAUCAGUGUCAACCUGUCCCAAAGACGCUCCCACUUGGCUGAACAACGGCAUCAAGUUACAGUGCCCCAAUGAUACACAAGGUAGGAACCUGUACCAGUGUGUACCUAAUGAGAACAGAUCGUCACUGGUGGAGUUUUGUUCUAAAGGGAGUAUUGGCAGAUUUGAAGCAAAUAUCUGCCCUUAUGCUGUAUCUUCAGGACACCUAGACGCCAUCGACUGCUCCACUUUCCUUUAUGGUUGUCCGAGGGAACCUUACAUUACCAAUGAAGUUUUCAAAUAUUCAGCCUGCUUGGAAAUCAAUCCACAAAAACGCUGCUAUUUGGCAAAUGAAAACUGUUUAAAUGAAACGAGCCGUGCAAUACCAAAUUCCACAACGUUUAAUCUCAUGACUGACUCCUCAGCAUAUAUCCUGUCCACAGACAGCUCUAAUCUUACUUCGGUGUCACCAAACAGUACUUUUAAUUUGCAGCCAGGGAUUGAGACCGCAUCUAUAAUUGCUGGAGUAGUAUCAUCAUCGAUCUUUCUAGUCGUUAUUCUCCUGUUCUUAUUCAUUUUUAACUCGAAAAGAUGUCAGUCUUGGAACACAAUGAAAUCAACGGAGAUGGAUGUCAUCAGUAUAGAAAGACAAGAAGAAGACCAAGAAAGGGAUGUUGUAGCAAAUAUUAAGCCAAAGGAGAGAGACAAAGUUAUCGCUGAGAUCCUUGUCAAAACAGAACCUAAGAAGAACAUCCCUGACGUUAACGAGACAGAUAUAAAUGCUGAAAUAGAGAAAAUAAAGCCUGCUGUCCAAACGACUGGUGUCAAAAGUAAACCAGAAGAUAGUUUAGGAAAUGAAGAAGAAGGAGAGUGGGUCACUAGUGACACCGAUAAGGAUGUCAGUAGUGAUUCUAAAGAUAACAAUGCCUUCGUAGGAAAAUACAGCGCUUGGGAGACAAAGUUAUCAGGUGAACAAUUAUCUUUUACAUCUAUAAUAAUAAUGAUCGGAUUUAUAUAGCGCUUUUCUAGCAUAAAUGCUACUCAAAGCGCUUUACAAUCAUUAUUACCCCAGAAGACCUUAACAAUCCAGAAGCUUUCUCAGUGCAAGCUGCCGUUAUCAGCGCUAGAACACUAACUUUCUGACAAUAUCGUUCACUGUCUAUAGCCGGGUACCCCUUUUACACUUGGGUGGAGUGACAUCUACUUAUUUUAGAUCAAAACGAGUUUUUUGACAUAUUUUCUUAAUUAACGGUAAACAGAAAGUAAAUUGCAUAGAUAUAAUAAAUUUAUUUUUUUAUAGUAUGUUUUUAAAGUUUGCAUUGCUUUCACAGUAUUAAUAGAUGAAAAGUCUUUAUUUGCAAAGCAUCUUUACUUGCUGUGAGUGGGUUUUAUAUGAUCAAGAAGGGGUGAAAGUCAUUUUUUAUUCGGUAAAAAAAAAUACCGGGAACGCCCCAGACUCUACCGUGUUCCCGCCCCAACAUUCGCAUAUUGUACGUUACUGGCAGAAAAUAAUUGGAAAAAUAGCAUCACCUACAUAGUUAUCGUUUCAAUAAAACAUAGUUCAAAAGCCCAUCACAACUAAAGGUGAUAUGUUCCUUACUGUACAACACAAUGCAGUAGAAUUCCGUAUUUGUCCCCCGCUUCAACUAAAAGUUUGGGAUAUUAAUUUUAAUCUGUCUGCCCGUCUGUUCGUCCGUAAGAACGAUAUAUCUUAGGAAUAUCUUAGGAUACGUCUUAUACGGUCUUAGGGUGGGAGACGAAAGCAAUCAAGGCAUACCAUAAGUUAAGACGUUGUGAAUUCCAUCUAAGGCAUUUCGGUUUUUUUGUUUUGUUUUGUUUUGUUUUGUUUUUUUUUUUUUAAUCUUAGCAGUACAGAAAGUUCCCAUUCCAAAUAUCCAAUAUAUUUAUUGGGGAAUGUAGAAGGGGUGUUUCUGGAAGUAAGUUUUCCCCUGAGGUCUUAAAAGCAUAUACAUUAGUUAACCCCCCCCCACCCGGACUCACACACACACCCUGACGAAAAAAACGCAAACCUCUGGUAAUGAAUCAGAAAUCCAUAUAGAAAUACAUGUUUCCUACCAUAAUUUUUUUUUAAAAAUCAGGUUUGGCGACUCAGAUUAUUACCGUUUUAGCUCACGCUUAGCUUCGUUUGAGCCGAAGGCUCAAGUGAGCUUUUCUGAUAACAUUUUGUCCGGCGUCCGUCUGUCCGUGUUUACGAGAGUGCAUUUAUUGGGUAUUUUUCAUGCUCAUUUUGUACUUAUUGGGUACUAUUUGCUUAUUGGGUAUACCCAAUAAGAAGUGUCGCUUAAUGUGCUUAAAACACGUAAAUUGGGUAUUUGCCGGCAGGUACCCAACAACGACGAUUUGUCCAAUAAAGUGUCAAAAAAAGUUGUUUCUAUGGACAGACCCUGUUUUGCGUUUCGGUUUUACACUUGGAACUCUUAAUUCUCGAGAGUUCCGAAAAUCAACUUCCGGUAGUCAUGAUCAUAACGGCGUUUGUUUUCACGAAGAAAUAUAUGGUGACUAAGAAACACACGAUGUCAACAAGAUUGUCUGUUUGACAAGAGAAAAGGUAAGUUUAUUCGAUUAAUAUUUACCAAAUGCUAGAUUCUUGCUUAAGGAAAAUUAAUUUUAACGUAAUUUAAAAGUAAUUGUGCACAAAAUUAAAAUAAUUAUCGAAACAAUCCAUUCUAAGUAGCAUUUGUAUGUAUUUUGAAUUUCCUCUGCCUUUUUAACUCUCUUUAGCGCGAGAAGCAUUUAGAAAAUUAUCGUAUAUAUUAAACAAGUUUAUCUUUUAAAAAAGAUAGGCGAGCUAGCGUCGUAGCAAUUUUUAAACACAGAAAGGAAGGUCCGUGAUUAAGUGAUUUAUUUUGCUGAAUUCUGUAAUUUUUAUCGAGGCUGGAGUGUCGUUAUGCAGUUUUAGUAUAUCGUAGAGGGAGUCAGCAAGAUUCCAGUUCCCCAAGAGCAAGUCUAUUUCCCGCGGCGCUUGCGCAACAACUGUUAGGUUUUAAAAAGCCAUGCACAUCAGAUUUUUAAAAAAUAAAUAAUGGAUUUUAGUGUGAAUUCUUGCUUCUGGAAUUUGUCAGAAUGGCUGAAUGGAACAAUCAGAAAUAAGAAUCUAUCUUUGCUUGUGCUUAGACGUAAAAAAGAAAACCUCCCUUGUCUUUGUUUAGAACAAUCAAGUAAUGGGCUUUUCCGUCAGAAAAAAGGGAAAAUUGAAGUAUAAUUUGCAAUUAUGUAGUUAUAUUUAAACUAUAAGCUACACAAUAAUUAAACAGUUAUUUAAUUAUACAACGGAAUUGUUACCGUACGGUCUAUCUAAAUUAGUUUUUACAGUUUUCCAAAAAUGCUUCACCAUGAAGCAGAGCAUCAUUUUCUAUCAUAAUCAUUAAUUUAUAUAUAAUUAAAUUUUGCAUGCUAAAAUAAAACUUUUUAAUUUUAAAAGAAUUACCUUUAGUUAGUACCCUGACUUUUUUCACUAUUAACUUUUUUUCAAUAUUGCUUUUUAAAUUUUGACUCUAUAUUUACGCUAGUAACUUUUUACUUGGGGGUAGUAACUUUAUUGCUGCCACCAGGCUGUUGGCUAUUACUUGAAUUUUUAAUUGCACAAAGAGCUAUUAGGUUUACAUAUGCGAAUUUAUAUGAUUAAUACAUGCUUGUGAUUCAGGAUACUUGGAUAUAAAUUUAAGAUCCAUUUCCCUCAUAUUUAAUUCAUAUUUUUUAUAAUACAUUAAAUUGGUUUAGAUUUUUUAUUGAAGUUACCAAUGAUUGCGAUUAAAUUUAAAACCCUAAUUAUGUUUAGUUGAGGAUUAAAUGAUUUUUCAAUAUAAAACAGGUCAACUUCAGGUUUGAACAUUGCUGAAAAUACAGAAGAAGAUGACCCUCAGGAAUCGGACAGUUAAUGAAUAAAACGGACAGAAGCAGUACUGAAGGAGAUGCAUGAAAUGAGGAAUAUUUCAAAGAAUGUCUAAACAAAACCACUACUCUUGGAAGACAAGAUAGCAGUAUUGCAAUUUUAAAGAGCAGCUCAAUGGAAGAAUCAUACAGUAUAGGCCAUGGGAGACACUGAAGAAGAAAGCAUGGAACAGUGACAAAAAUAAAAUCAUUUUGACAUUAUUGUGUUAUAGGAUUAAAGCCCUACCUGUCAAAUUUUUGCAUGUAAUGACCUUUCGUUUGCUGUAAGACUACUGACAGUUAGUAUUUGAUUGAAUAUCUUCAUCCCAAUUUGUCGAAAAGAUUUUGACAUAGCGGCAUAGCGUGUAUUUUUUUUUAAUCUUUUGAUACAAAGAAUUUCAUUCAUUGUACUUGUAAUUGAGUUUAAAAUAACGAUGAAAAGUUUAGGUCCUGGUGCAACACACUGUUUUAUUGGCUGAAAUAGUUUGUGAUUUCCAACCCAAUUCAUUCCAUGAAUAUCAGAAGUAUUUUUCUAUUACAGGGAAAAUAUACUUCGUACAGGUAUCUGUAAUAAACAGGAUUUCUUAAGAUUUUUUUUACAAGCUUAAUAUGUAAUCGGUUCAACUUUUAUUUUCAUAAUAUAGAACUCAAUCUGAGCAACUGAAGGAAAAUAUUUUUUUUAUGUGCCAAUGUGGUUUUAAGUCUGAAUUUUUUGGUACUUACUUACAGAUAUUUCAUCAUACAAUAUAUUUAGAAAAGACAUUUUUCUCCCUAUCUUGCUCUACUUGUAACGAGUUAUACUUAAUUCCAAGUGUAAUACUUAAAUUUUACAAUCAUGGUUAUAAAAAUGGUUAUAUUUACAGCCAAAGUUUAGGCACAAAAUGCUUAUAUCUUCCUAUCAUUUGCAAAUUGUUCACUGAAUGAGAUGUUGAAUGUUAGAAUUAAAGUAUUCAAGAUCUUUUGGACUUUACU